AUGACUUGGACCUUCAGUUUGAAUCAUGCCACUGUGACGACGCUGAUGAUGUACGCAAGCUCAGUUCUGGGCCACUCCACAGGAAACCUCUCAAACUCCUUGCUCUUCGCCGUGAGCCUCGUGGCCUCCCUGGGCCUGGCCCCGGUGAUUGCUAGCACCUUCGGGCCGACGAGAGGUCUUCUAAUCGGCCUCGUCGGUUGCAGCGCCUACGUGCUCUUCUUCGUUCUGGCUGCUUUUCUAUGUACCUGGGAGACGGGGCAGCCAGGACAUCCAGGAGGCUGUGGCUGUGACAGUAGCACGCCGAGAGGUCUUGUUUUCGUCGGCGCGGCCUUCGGCGGGCUGGGGGCUGGCAUCCUUUGGCCCAGCCAAGGGGCCUUCUUCUCUGCCGCGGUGGCGUGCCUUGCCGAGCCACAGCCCCAGGAGCAACCAGGACAAGUCGGCGGAACCAUGGAGGAGUCCGAGGCCGCUAAGUGCCGCCUGACCAGCGAGCUGUCGUCGUCCUUUGCCUUCGCUCUGAUGGUGUCAGAGUGCAGCACCAAACUGCUCCUCGCAGUCUUGCUCACCUACGUGAGGGUGGAGGUCUGGUCGUCCUGGGUGUUCCUUUCCGCACUGGUCGUCGCCUUGCUGGCCAUGGCCGUCUUCGCCGCCUUCGCCGCGCGCAUGGACACGUGUUCUUCGACCGCUGCAAGGCCGAUCUGCGAGAGGACACUGACAGGGCUACGGCUUUGGAGUGAUCCCAAGCUCUGGCUGUUGUCCAUGACCAACUUCGCCUUCGGUUUCUCUGUCGCUUGGGUUAACGGCGUCGUGAAUACGCGCUGGCACGAGGCAACAGGGGAUCUGCAUUUGCUUGGCUACGCUGGUGCUCUCACAACCGGUGUUGCUGGAGUUAUAUCAAAACUUUCCGUUGGGCCGGUUGCCUGCGGCAAAGGCUAUGUCCUCGCCCUGGGAUCUCUCUGCUUCUUGACCAUUGGCUUGCUGAGUAAGACUCGCGAGCCAACCGACAGUUUUGGCUGGAGUGUUUGGCUCCUGCUAAUCCAUGUCCUGCAUGGCGUGGGUCGAGGAGUCUAUGAAGGGACCAACAAGGGAAUCUUCGGCGACUUCUUCGGUGAUGACAGGAGCGUCGGUGCCUUCUCCAAUGUGCUUGUCCAGGUCUCCGCGUCCUCGAUUGUUGGGUAUUCGUUGGCAUCAACUAGCUGGAAGGACGCUGUGUACGGCCUUCUGAUGAUCUCUGCAUCUUUGAUGCUGCCAUUAUAUGUGUUGGCCGGUCGGUUGAGAUGCCCGAGGACCGUCUCCUACAAAGACUCGGAGAAGGAAGAUGCCUGGCUCCUGGUUCUCUUCGUCUGGGAGUUCGAGGGUCCAGCCGACGAGCCGAUCCGAGCGUCCGAGCAUCCGAGCUUCCGCGCCUGCCACGCCUCCGGCUGGGACACUUGCGGAGGUGCUGGAUGUGGGCUGUUUGCCCUCACGGCUGUUCGCAGCAGCUACAAAUUCGCACCACCGCCCAGCCCGAAUUUGGUUGCGUUGCGGAAGAUUCUCACCGAACGACUUGUGCCGGUACAUUUCUACUUGAGGAACAAUCUGACCUUCUGCAACUAUGUCUGGGACAUGCACUUUAUUGGAAUAUGUUGCUCUCCAAAAUUUGAGGGCAAAAGUCACAAGGAGAUCAACAAGAUGGUGGAAGAUAUUUGCGCCGAGGCCCAUUCAUGCCAGUUGCUGGUCAAUGUGGCUUGA